AUGCCGCAUAGAAUCAAGCGUCUCGUUGGAUGCUUGACAGGGUAUCUUUCUGCUUACUCUGACCGAGACGUUGCACAACUGUAUAGUAAGAAUCUCGGAGAUGAUUCCUCCCAGCAUUCGGAGACAAACGAAAUACAUCGUCGGAGGUCUGAGGCCGGCUGUGCCAAGCCUCAACGGACGGAGCGGUGGUGGGUCCCCGCAGCGGAGCACGUGACUCGUAUGAUGUUUUUCUUGGCAUUAAGGGCGGAGUUUGACGCGGAAGGCGCAGUCCGGGGCAGACUCGGAGAAAUUCGGAGUGACCGAAACGUCUUGCCAAGAUUAGACUUGCUCACACCAUUGGACAAUGGUAUAGUACCACAGCAGGGUGGAUCAGGUGUGCCCAGAACCUUAAGCAGCAUAAGCGCAAGGUUAUUGGUGUCAGUGUGGGCCAACAGUGGCGAUCCCUGCAGACAUACUAACAAACCAAUCAUCAAGACUUUGAGAAUGCGUGGCCUAAACUUGUUCCAGAAAAGAGUUGUCUCCCUUCACUCUCAUGCCAUGGCAUCAGAUGCAAGAAUCCCACGCUACAAAAUGCAGAGAUACCUCACACCUCAGGAUAUCAGAACAUGA